UUAAACCCACAGCUUUGCAUUUACCUACCAUCUUCUCCAUUACUCUUUCUCAUCAUUCAUGAGAAAAGCCCAAAAAGUGUAAUUUUAUUUGGGAGUUUGAGGAGACAGAGCUAGGAGAGAGAAUUAAUGGAGAAAUCACAAGCUUUCCUUGAACUAACCCAGGAAGAAUCGGACCGGGUUUCCUCACUUGAUUUCCUUCCUCUCCGAACCGGCGCCGAGUUUAGCUUCUACGAGUGUUAUGCCCUCAGAGGUAUCCGAGUUGAUCGGCUUGAAUCCGAUCGUGUCUUUUGCAUAUUCAAAGUUCCUCCUCGACUCACGGAUGGAGAAGGAAAAUUAGCAGCUGGUGCUAUAGCCAAUCUUAUUGACGCUGUUGGGGCUGGAUGUGUCAAUGUUGGGGGUCACCCAGUGAAUGUAUCCGUAGACAUGUCAAUUUCAUUUCAUUCAAGUGCGAAGAUUGAUGAUGAGUUGGAGAUCAUCGGUCAAGUCUUAGGUAGGAAAGGAGGUUAUUCUGGAACAAGUGUACUUGUGAAAAAUAAAGCUACUGGGGAGCUAAUUGCUGAGGGGCGGCAUUCAUUAUUUGGUAAAUAUGCUAGUAAAAUGUGACGUAGUAUUUAUCUAGACCAAAAUGCCUCUUUGGUUCUUCUUUUAUCAGAUAGUUUUCAGAUAGCAUGUAUUGAGCAGCAUUGUGCCCGUGAGAAACAGUGCAGUGUAAACAUAUGCUCAUCAAUGGAGGUGGAUAUGUUCUGCUCCUUUUUUUUUGUCGAGAGUUCCAUUACAUCCAUUUGAUGAUAAUGUGUGUGUAAUGGUUUAUAUAUAUAAUCCUCAUGGACUCUGUAACUCCAUUUAAACUAGAGAAAUAUUGAAGUAGGAAAUCUACACUCAAUUUUUU